AUGAAGAACAAANAAGGAGGAGCCGCCCAACGCGCAAUCAAGCAAAUCACCGCCACCUCCAACCUUCCCGCCGACGAAAAGAGAAAAGCCGCCGAAAAGGCUGCCCGUGAAAAGGAAAAGGCCGCCGCCGAAGCCGCAAAGCGCGAGGCUGCCGAACUCUUCAAGCCUGUUCAGAUCCAAAAGGUGCCUUUUGGUGUGGACCCCAAGACUGUGCUGUGUCAGUUCUUCAAGAAGGGCGCUUGUGAGAAGGGAAGGAAGUGCAAGUUUUCGCAUGACUUGAGUCAGGGUAUCAAGGGAGAGAAGAAGAGUUUGUACACUGAUACGAGAGAGUUGGAGAAGGAGCAGCAGGAUGAGGAGAGGAAGAAGGAUGACAUGGCUGAUUGGGAUGAAGAGAAGUUGCGUAAUGUUGUCAUGUCCAAGCAUGGUAACCCCAAGACGACGACCGAUAAGGUGUGCAAGUACUUUAUCGAGGCUGUCGAGAAUGGAAAGUACGGUUGGUUCUGGACUUGUCCUAAUGGCGGCGACAAGUGCAUGUACAAGCACAGUUUACCACCAGGGUAUGUUUUUUUCUCUACUCACCACCACUUCUGCCUCUUUACUAACACUCCACUAGCUNUCGUCCUCAAGACANAAGAACAACGCGCCGCCGAGAAGGCUCUCAUGGACAAAUCUCCUCUCAACACUCUAACACUCGAAGACUUCCUCGAUUCCGAACGCCACAAACUCACCGGCACCCUAACCCCCGUCAACGAAGAGACAUUCACAAAAUGGAAGAAGGAACGCAUGGACAAGAAGGCCGCCGAACAAGAAGCCCAAAAGAUGAAGGAAGCCACCGGACGUGCUCUCUUCGAAAAGGGCGACUGGAACGACGAAGACUCGGACGCCGAAGACGACGAUGCCUGGAACUUGGAAGCCAUGAGAAAAGAAACCGAGGCUGCGAGACAACGCAAGGAGGAGAUUCGAUUGGGAAUUAACCUGGACGAGGCACAACAGAUUACCACCGAUGCCUCUGAGGGUGUGGGUGAGAUGGUCGAGGUUGCUGUUGAGCCUAACGGUAACGUUAAGGAUGACGAGUAG